GCAGGGACGUCCGGCCGCGUCCUUUGCGCCAUCUGCCUGGGCCACCACCCCUCAACCGAGAUCUACAAAUGCGUCAAAUCCAAGCUAUGGAACGGCAUGCCGGCCUUCUCCGCCCGCGUCGGGAAGAGAAUCCAAACCAGGAAGGGUGCCCCACUCUGCAUCGCCUGGCAGCGUCCCAACGGUUGUGCCUCCGACGAACACCCCGAGCGUCAUGUUUGUUCGGGUUGCGGAGGAACGGAUCAUGGAGCCAGCUCUUGUGCUCUCGCGGAGAAGGACUGA